AUGGAAAAUAUUUUAAAUAGAACAAAAGGUUAUUUAGUACUCGAAGAUGGUACCAAGUUCAAUGGUUACUCAUUCGGUAGUGAAAGAUCAGUUGCUGGUGAAUGUGUAUUUUCAACAGGUAUGGUUGGAUAUAAUGAAUCAAUUUCAGAUCCAUCUUAUACAGGUCAAAUUCUUGUAUUUUCAUAUCCAUUAAUCGGUAAUUAUGGUGUUCCAUCAUUCAACGAACGUGAUCCAAACUCAAAUCUUCCAAUCAAUUUCGAAUCAGAAAAAGCUCAUACACAAGCAAUUAUCUGUUCAGAUUACUGUGACGAAUAUUCACAUUGGGCAGCAGAAAAAUCUCUUUCAGAAUGGCUUAAAGAAUCAAAUAUUCCAGGUUUAUAUGGCAUUGACACCCGUGCUUUAAUCACUAAAAUUCGUGAGAAGGGCUCUCUCAAAGGUAAAGUGAUCAUUGGUGACUUUGAUGAAAGUAAAUUAGAAUUUGAAGAUAUCAACCUUAGAAAUCUUGUUGCAGAAGUAUCAACUAAAACAAUCAAGACCUACAAGGCUCCAGAAAACUCAAAGAGAAAGAACAAAAAAGUUAUCGUUUUAGAUUGCGGUAUCAAGAAUAACCAAAUUCGUUGUCUCUUAAAUCGUGGUGUAGAUCUUAAAGUUGUACCAUGGGACUACGAUGUCGUUGCUAAUGAACCAAUCAACGAAUAUGAUGGUGUAUUUAUUUCAAAUGGUCCAGGUGAUCCAUCAGUUUGCGGUAAAGCCAUCGAAAAUAUUAGAAAACUCUUUGCUUUAGAGAAAUCAAAAGCUUUAUUCGGUGUUUGUAUGGGUAAUCAAUUAUUAGGUCUUGCUGCAGGUGCUAAAACUCAUAAAAUGGCCUUUGGUAAUCGUGGUUUAAAUCAACCAUGUGUCGAUCAAAUCAGUGGUCGUUGCCAUAUUACAUCACAAAAUCACGGUUUCGUUAUAGAUACUGGUUCUCUUCCAGCUGGUAGCGGUUGGAAAACUUAUUUCAUCAAUGCUAAUGAUGCUUCAAAUGAAGGUAUUUAUCACGAAUCCAAACCAUGGUUCUCUGUUCAAUUCCAUCCAGAAGCUAUGGCCGGUCCAACCGAUACUGAAUAUCUCUUUGACAAUUUUGUAAACUAUGUUUGUGGUGAACCAUUCACCUCCCCAAUGAAUAAAUCAAAGGUUAUCGAAACACCAAAGAAUAUCAAUAAAGUUUUAAUUUUAGGUUCAGGUGGUUUAUCAAUUGGUCAAGCUGGUGAAUUCGAUUAUUCCGGUUCACAAGCCAUUAAAGCUUUAAAAGAAGAAGGUAUUAAAACUAUUGUCAUCAAUCCAAAUAUUGCUACAGUCCAAACUUCACCAGGUCUUGCUGAUAAGGUUUAUUUCCUUCCAGUUAACGCUGCAAGUGUACAAAAAGUUAUCGAAAAUGAAAAUCCAGAUGGUAUUUUAGUUACUUUUGGUGGUCAAACUGCACUUAAUUGUGGUAUCGAACUCUAUAAAUCAGGUAUUUUAGAAAAACACAACUGUAAAGUUUUAGGUACUCAAAUUGAAACUAUUAUUGCCACUGAAGAUAGAGGUAUCUUUGCUGAAAAAUUAGCCGAAAUUAAUGAACGUAUUGCUCCAUCUAUGGCAUGUAAUUCAUUAGAAGAAUCAAUUGUCGAAGCAGAAAAAAUUGGUUAUCCAGUUAUUGUUAGAGCUGCUUAUUGUUUAGGUGGUUUAGGUUCUGGUUUUGCCGAUAACAAAGAUCAAUUAAUUGCUUUGGUUACUGAAGCAUUAGCAACUUCAUCACAAGUUUUAGUCGAAAAAUCAUUAAAAGGUUGGAAAGAAAUUGAAUAUGAAGUUUUAAGAGAUAGUAAAGAUAAUUGUAUUACUGUUUGUAACAUGGAAAAUUUCGAUCCAUUAGGUAUCCAUACUGGUGAAUCAAUUGUUGUUGCUCCAUCACAAACCCUUACCGAUAAAGAAUAUCAAAUGUUAAGAGAAACUGCAAUUAAAACUGUUCGUCAUUUAGGUGUUGUUGGUGAAUGUAAUAUUCAAUAUGCUUUAAAUCCACACUCACAAGAAUAUUGUAUUAUUGAAGUAAAUGCUCGUCUUUCUCGUAGUUCAGCUCUUGCAUCAAAAGCUACCGGUUAUCCAUUAGCUUUCAUUUCUGCUAAAGUUGCAUUAGGUUUCGAUUUAGCUGAACUUAGAAAUACCAUCACCAAAAAGACCACUGCUUGUUUCGAACCAUCAUUAGAUUAUCUUGUUGUUAAAAUGCCACGUUGGGAUCUUAAAAAAUUCACUCGUGUUUCAAACAAAAUUUCAUCAUCAAUGAAAUCUGUAGGUGAAGUUAUGUCAAUUGGUAGAAAAUUCGAAGAAGCUAUCCAAAAGGCUAUUCGUAUGGUUAUGGAUAAUACAGUCGAUGGUUUCCAAGCUGGUGUAUUCCCAACAUCAGACGAAGAACUUGAAAACCCAACCAAUAAUCGUAUUUUAGUUUUAGCUAGUGCAUUCAAAGAUGGUUAUUCAGUCGAAAAAGUUCAUCAAUUAACCAAAAUCGAUAGAUGGUUCCUUACCAAAUUAAAAUCAAUCAUCGACUUAGAAAACCAUUUAUCAACAUACUCAACCCCAUCAGCUAUUCCAAAUGAAAUCUUAAAAUUCUCAAAACAACAAGGUUUCUCUGAUAAACAAAUUGCAAAAGCUAUUGGUGCUACCGAAUUAUCCGUUCGUGAUCACAGAAAGAAAUCAGGUAUUAUUCCAAUUACCAAACACAUCGAUACUGUUGCUGCCGAAUUCCCAGCCCAAAACAAUUAUCUCUACAUGACUUAUAAUGGUGAAACCAACGAUAUCGACAUUAAAGAUAAAUCAUACAUUACUCUUGGUUCAGGUUCAUACCGUAUUGGUAGCUCAGUCGAAUUCGAUUGGUGUGGUGUUAGUUGUAUCCGUACUCUUCGUUCAUUAGGAUUAAAAUCAAUUAUGAUCAAUUUCAAUCCAGAAACUGUCAGUACCGAUUAUGAUGAAUGCGAUUAUCUCUACUUUGAAGAGUUAUCAUUAGAAAGAGUUUUAGAUAUCUAUGAACGUGGAGGUCCAAAUUCAACACAUGGUGUCAUCUUAUCAGUUGGUGGUCAAAUUCCAAAUAAUUUAGCUAUCCCACUUUCACGUUGUGGUGUUAAUGUACUUGGUACUCAUCCAGAUAUGAUCGAUUCAGCCGAAAAUCGUUACAAAUUCUCACGUCUCCUCGAUACUGUUGGUAUUGAUCAACCAUUAUGGAAAGAAUUAACAAGUGUUGAUGAUACCAAAGUUUUCUGUGAAACUGUUGGUUUCCCAUGUUUAGUUCGUCCAUCAUAUGUUCUUUCAGGUGCUGCCAUGAAUGUUGUUCACUCUUCACAAGAUCUCGAAACUUUCUUAAGUGAAGCCGCUGCUGUCUCACGUGACUAUCCAGUUGUUAUUUCUAAAUUCAUUCAAGAAGCAAAAGAAAUUGAAAUCGAUGCUGUUGCUGAUAACGGUCAAAUCGUUUUAUUCGCUAUCAGUGAACAUGUCGAAAAUGCCGGUGUUCAUUCAGGUGAUGCUACUUUAGUUUGUCCAGCUCAAGAUCUCGAUGAUAAUACUAUUCUCAAAGUUGAAGAAACAGCCAGAAAGAUCGCUGCUGCUCUUAAUGUUAGUGGUCCAUUCAAUAUUCAAUUCAUUGCUAAAAAUAACGAAAUUAAAGUUAUCGAAUGUAAUUUACGUUGUUCACGUUCUUUCCCAUUCGUUUCAAAGACUCUUAAUGUUAACUUUAUCGAAUUAGCUACCAAGAUUAUCAUUAGUCAUCCAUAUGACUUACCACAAGUUCAAUCAGUUGAUUAUGUUGGUGUUAAAGUACCACAAUUCUCAUUCAUUCGUCUUAAAGGUGCUGAUCCAGUUUUAGGUGUUGAAAUGGCAUCAACUGGUGAAGUUGCUUGUUUCGGUAAUACUCGUGAAGAGGCUUAUAUUAAAGGUUUAAUUUCAACUGGUUUCCGUGUUCCAGAACAAAAUGUUUUACUUUCAAUUGGUUCAUUCAAAGAAAAAGAAGAAUUCCUUCCAUCAGCCAAGAAAUUAGUUUCACUUGGUUUCACUUUAUUCGGUACCCAAGGUACCGCAGAUUAUUACAGCGAACAAGGACUCCCAGUUACUCAAUUAAAUUGGGACGAAGAAGAAUUAGGUGAAAAUGUUAUUCAAAAGAGAAUGACCGAAAGUACUAUUCAUUUAUUCAUUAAUUUACCAUCAAAGAAUAAAUAUCGUCGUCCAUCUUCAUUCAUGUCAAGAGGUUACAAUCUUCGUCGUGCUGCUAUUGAUUUCCAAGUUCCAUUAAUUACCAAUAUCAAAUGUGCUAAAUUAUUUGUUGAUUCAAUCCCAUACAUGAAGGGUCCAAUGCCAUUAGACACUGUUGAUUGUCGUUCAUCAAACAAGAUUGUUCGUCUUCCAGGUUUAGUUGAUGUUCAUGUUCACUUAAGAGAACCAGGUGCUACCCACAAAGAAGAUUGGGAUAGUGGUACAGCUACUGCUCUUGCUGGUGGUUUUACUAUGGUUGGUGCUAUGCCAAAUACUAGUCCAGCUAUUAUGGAUCAAGCCACUUUCGAACUUGCUAAACAAUUAUCAUCAUCUAAAGCUCGUUGCGAUUUUGGUAUUUUCAUUGGUGCAACCUUCACUAAUACCACUACUGCUGGUAACUUUGCAAACGAAGCCAUGGGUAUGAAAAUGUAUUUAGAAGAAACAUUUGCUCCACUUCCAUUAAAAGACGAUAUCAAUGUUUGGAGAGAUCACAUUAUGAACUGGCCAGAUAAUACUACCCCAAUCUGUGUCCACGCUGAUGGUCGUAAUCUUGCUGCCAUUUUACUUUUAGGUUGGAUGUACAAUAAACAAAUGCACGUUUGUCAUGUUAGUCACAAAGAAGAAAUCGAUAUCAUUCGUGAUGCCAAGAAACGUGGUAUGAGAUUAUCAUGUGAAGUCUCACCACAUCAUUUAACACUUUGCGAUAAAGAUAUUCCACGUAUUGGUGCUGGUCAAUCAGAAGUUAGACCAAAAUUAGGUACUGAAGAAGAUAUGAAAGCUCUUUGGGAUAAUAUUGAUUAUAUCGAUAUGAUUGCCACUGAUCAUGCUCCACAUACUUAUGAGGAAAAAUGUAGUGCCAAACCACCACCAGGUUUCCCAGGUUUAGAAACUUCAUUACCAUUAAUGCUUACUGCUGUUCACCAAGGUAAAAUUACCCUCGAAGAACUUGUAAAGAAAAUGCACACCAACCCAAUUCAAAUUUUCAAUCUUCCAGAACAACCAGAUACUUAUAUCGAAGUCGAUAUGGAUCAAGAAUGGGUCAUUCCAAAGAAACCACUUUACUCACGUUGUGGUUGGACUCCAUUUGAAGGUCUUAAAGUUAAAGGCAAAGUUGUUAAGGUUGUUUUAAGAGGUCAAACUGCUUUCAUUGAUGGUAAAAUUUUAGUCGAAAAAGGUUAUGGUAUGAAUUUACGUUCAAAAGAAUACCUUGCAGAAGUUGAAAGACUUAAAGAACAAAAAACAAAAACUCAACUCUCAUUUGUUGGUGAAAAGAGUGUUACUCCAUCAGUUCAAUCUCCAACUAUUAUUAGCUCACCAAAGAAACCAUCAAAACCAGUCGAAUCACACCUCCCAUUAGUUGGUGGACCAAAUAUUGUCGGUAAGAGAGAAGAUAUCUUACAAUCAUUGUUCAAUGCUUCAGAUAACUCAUUUGUUGGUAAACACGUUUUCUCUGUUAAACAAUUCACUCGUAAACAAUUACAUACCCUCUUUGCUAUUGCUCAUGAAAUGAGAAUUCUCGUUAAAAGAUCAGGCGGUUCAGAUCUCCUUAAAGGUAAAGUUAUGGCUACUCUCUUCUAUGAACCAUCAACUCGUACUUGUUGUUCAUUUACUGCUGCUAUGGAAAGACUUGGUGGUAGAGUUGUAAAUGUUGACAAUGUUUCUUCAUCAGUUGCCAAAGGUGAAUCAAUUUCAGAUACCAUCCACACCUUAGAAUCAUACUGCGAUGCUAUUGUUAUGAGACAUCCAGCUGUUGGCUCAGUCGAAUCUGCUAUCUCUGUUGCUAAAAAACCAAUAAUUAAUGCUGGUGAUGGUGUUGGCGAACAUCCAACUCAAGCUUUAUUAGAUAUUUUCACUAUUCGUGAAGAAUUAGGUACUGUUAAUGGUCUUACUAUUACUUUAGUUGGUGAUCUCAAGAAUGGUCGUACUGUACAUUCAUUAGUUAAAUUAUUAUCACUCUAUCAAGUUAAAAUCAACUAUGUUGCACCAGAAUCACUCUCAAUGCCACAAGAAAUCAUUAAAGAACUCAACGAAAAAGGUAUUGAACAAAAACAAUUCACUUCACUUGACUCAAUUUUGUCAACAACCAACGUCUUAUAUGUCACUAGAAUUCAAAAAGAACGUUUCUCAGAUUUACAAGAAUAUGAAAAUGUUAAAGAUUCAUUCGUCAUUACUCCACAAACCUUAACCAAAGCUUUAGAUAAUAUGAUUGUUAUGCAUCCAUUACCAAGAAUUAACGAAAUCUCCCAAGAAGUCGACUCUGACCCAAGAGCUGCUUACUUUAGACAAAUGGAAAAUGGCAUGUAUGUAAGAAUGGCCUUAUUAGCUUUACUUUUUGGUAAAAAUUAA